AUGCAAUACAAUCAACAACCAUUACCAUCAUCACAUACUUAUUUUACUCCUAUUCAAACAACAUCAUCAAUGCAAUAUGCAACUAUAUAUCCAACAACAGCCCCUCCCAUUCUUUCAUCAUCAUCAUCAUCAUCAACACAGAAUAAAAAACUGCAACAUAGUCAUUUAUCAUCACAAUUAACACCUAUACAACCGACAAGUUCUUCAUAUAUGUCACCAAUCGCUUCACCAACAGCUUAUAUGUCACAUGGUUCAACAUCACCAUCAUCGGAUCUUAAAGAUACAGACACGGUGAAAUUAUUUGUUGGACAAAUACCACGACAUUUAGAAGAACAUGAUCUACGGCCUAUAUUCGAAGAAUUUGGACAAAUCUAUGAAUUAACCGUACUAAAAGAUCGUUUUACAGGCAUGCAUCGUGGAUGUGCUUUUCUUACCUAUUGUCAUCGUGAUUCUGCACUCAAAGCUCAACAAGCACUACAUGAGCGACGAACAUUGCCUGGCAUGAGUCGUCCUAUUCAAGUUAAACCAGCUGAUAGCGAAUCACGAACAGAAGAUCGAAAAUUAUUUGUUGGAAUGUUAAAUAAACAAAUGACAGAAGAAAAUGUUCGAACUAUAUUUGAACCUUAUGGUACUAUAGAAGAAUGUACAAUAUUACGAGGACCAAGUGGUGAUAGUAAAGGAUGUGCAUUUGUUAAAUAUGCUACGCAUAAUGAAGCUCAACAAGCUAUACAAAAUGUACAUGGAAGUCAAACAUUUCCAGGUGCAUCAUCAUCUAUUGUUGUUAAAUUUGCUGAUACAGAAAAAGAACGACAAUUAAGACGUAUGCAACAAUUAGCUGGACCAUUAGGUCUUUUAUCAAAUCCAUUAGUUUUACAACAAAUAGCUGCAAAUUUAAAUUAUCAAGGAUAUACACAAUUACAACAACAAGCUAUAUUAGCAUCAUCAACCGGUACACAUCAAACAACAUAUACAACAAUACCUGUUUUAACAACAUCUGGUCAAUCAAUGAGUAAUGGUACUAUGACACCAUCAACAGGUGAUUGUGACAAUAUGGACUUUCCUAAUUAUUCUUUAGUCAAUGCAUCUCCUGUCAAUAAUGGUCCAGGAACAAUUUAUCAAACAACAGGACCUGGUCCAAAUGGUCAAUCAACUGAUUUAUUUUCAUCAGGCAUGCAAUAUUCAACUGUUGUUGGUCCAACAAUUGAUACUGCUACUGGUAUUCAAUUACAACAGGCUACAGCUUAUACAACAUUACCUGCACAAUAUCCUAUCUAUGCUCCAGCAGCUAUUUAUUCUCCUUUACCAACAACAACACUUAUACCGAGUGCAAUGGCAUCACCGGGCAAAGAAGCUCUACCACAGUUCUUCGGUCCAGAGGGUUGCAAUCUUUUUAUUUAUCAUUUACCACAAGAAUUCGGUGAUUCCGAACUUGCAUCAAUGUUUAUGCCAUUUGGCAAUGUUAUAUCGGCUAAAGUUUAUGUUGAUCGAGCUACUAAUCAAUCAAAAUGUUUUGGUUUUGUUUCCUAUGAUAAUCCACAAUGUGCUCAACAAGCCAUACAAUCAAUGAAUGGAUUUCAAAUUGGUAUGAAACGUUUAAAAGUUCAAUUAAAACGCCCAAAAGAUUUAGCCAAACCAUAUUAA